AGUUUCAAAAGUCGGUUGUUACUGUGAGAUAUUUGUCACCAGGAGAAGUUCGCGUUAUUAAUUAAUUUUCGUUUGCCCUGGAAUCUCUCUUGCCUCAGUGGUAGAGUAUUUCUUCGUUAUUUUAAUUUUUGAUGGAUAAAGGGAAAGCUGUGACGACUUUGACAACUUCGUUGCAAAAGCUCGAUUUGAAUCCCGGAUCCAAUAUCAAUUCCAAGCCCUCAAGUAUCUUCGCCGACCCUCAUUUUUCCGGUACCUUUCUUUCCCUCUUCGGGCUUGGAAAAUGGUUCUUAUAUGUAGUCUCCCUACCUAAGAAGACAAAGCCUCCAAGUUUAGUCAGUUUAUGCCUUGGAGUUGUUGGUAGGCAUUUACAGGAUAUCAUUGCUGAUUUGGGUGAGAUUGCUAUCAACCUGCCAGCUGAUAUAAAGAUGGUUGUGGCAGCUAUUGCUAGGCGAAGGAAGUUGCUCAACGAUGAUGUUCUAAUAUCAUUAGCUGAUACUUCCUGGGAAAUCCUAGAUGUCUCUGGUUCAGAUGUUUCUGAUUUUGGCAUAAUAAAAGCUGCUGAAGUAUGCAGGCUUAUUAGAGCUCUGGAUAUUAGCCGGUGCAGCAAAAUUACUGCUAUGGGUGUAUCUGAACUUGUGAAGCAGUGCUCAUUGCUGGAGACAUUAAGAUGCGGAGGGUGUCCAAGGAGUGACAGCAUUGCCCGUAGAUGCUUGAGUAUAUUUAAACCAAAGCUGAAUUACUUGGAGGAAGAUUCAUGGGAGGAGCUUGAUACAAAUGCAAUUGCUUGUGGUGCCCAAUCUUUGAGAUGGCUUGUAUGGCCGAAUAUUGAUAAGGAUUCUUUAGAAGAUUUUUCUGCAGAGUGUCCGCGCAUUGUAGUAAAUCCUAAGCAAUCUCCUUUUGGGUUCAACGAUGAUCAUGUUCCUUGGGAAGCGUUACAACAUAUUGCAUUGGACGAUGCGGCUGUUAGAGAUAUUGAUCCUAGGACAUGGGCAGUGCACGGAUUUAUUAUGAAGGCCGCCCCUCAAUCACCUGAAUGUCCCUCUGAAUUGUCAGUGGCUGAGAAAUUCAGACUAGCAUUUGUGGAAAGGGACACCCGUUUAGCUCCAAAGCGAGCAAAGAAUGCGCGGCAGCACCAGCGUCGUGCUGUGAGAGAGUUGAUGUUGAUGAGUACAAGAGCCAAGGCUGCCGUUUUAGCCUCUCAAGUAACCAACUCUCUGAACAGCAGGAGUUAGUUUUUUGUAUAUAUGGUGGUCACAAAAAACCUGUGUGUGUUGCAAGUUAGGCAGCUUUUCGAAGAAGCUGGAAAUACCUUUACCAAGUUUGAGUGAAACCAGUUUUCAGUUUUUCUGUGUCCUCAAACUACUAUCAGAACUGUCAGUAAAUAAGUGCCUUGUAUAUAAUGCAUUCAAUAGAAUUACAAUAAACUAAAUUAGAUCUUUAUAGUCACGUGGUAUGCAUUUAGAGGGAGUGAUUGGAUGAGACUACUCAAACGUCAUCCUCUCUCUCUUAUUUUUUU